AUGACAGCCUGGAAAAAAAUAGCUUUUGAACUUGAAAAAACAAUCCAAGCCCGUGACCAAGACCAAACCGAAGUCAACUGGGCAUUACUAAAAAAUAAAUGGGAACAAGUCAUUGAAGUUAACAGACAACUUAAAUCUGAAGACGGAUCAGAUGAUUACCUCAACGAAGAAAACUACGAUGAAGUAAAUGAUGAAAUGAUAGAGCUAGAAAUUCGAUCAAAUCGAAUCAUGAGACCAACUCCUCUACCUGCCGUGCUACCCCAAGAAUCAAUACCCUUACAGACCCGAAAACUAACAGCGCUUGAACUCAAAAAAUUCAACGGCGAUAUUCAACAAUGGAGACCCUGGUGGGAAGCAUUUCGAGUUUCUAUCCACGAAAAUUCUUCACUAAAAGAUGUAGAACGUUUUGCCUACUUAGAAAAAUAUCUUGAGGGAACUGCUGCAAGAAUCAUCGCAGGUCUUCCAAUUACUGGAACCAACUAUUCAAGAGCUAUUCAACUGCUUGAACGACGCUAUGGACAAAACCACCUCAUUGCACAAUCACAUAUUAAAAGUCUGUUUAAUCUGCCUAACGUCGAAAAACUCGAGCAUACCCGAAAUUUAACAACACUUGUCGAUUCAGCAUUGGUACAUAUUCGUGCUUUGGAAGAUCUAAACAUUUCGUUAGACCAGUAUUCUAUAAUGAUCAAGACAAUUCUCUUAGAACGAAUACCUAACGAAUUACAAAUCAUGUGGAAUAGACAACCAAAUCACCGGGAUGCGGACGUAGCAACGUUCAUUGAUUUUAUUCAACAAGAGUUAAUCGCCCGAGAAAACAUCUACCAACCAACAAGAAAUAAGCCCACAGUCAACCAUCAGAACAACAACAAUCCAACCAACAAACAACAGCAUCUAGGAACAACAACUCAGCUUACUAUAAAUGAUGGAUCAUCAAGAAGGGGAAUAAAAUCUAAAAUCCCAUUUUUGUGCAAAAUUUCUCAUGACAAGGAGCCUUGCAACAAAACAUUACAAGAAAAACGAGAAAUUGUUACCAAGGAAAGAAGAUGUUAUCACUGUCUAGCAAAAACACACGCAAAAUGCGACCGUCGAUGCCCUCACUGCAACAACAACCACCACAUCACGCUAUGUCCAAGUAAAAAUACCAUCGCACCAACAACACUAACCAGUCUCAUACAUCUUCCUACUCACGAAGGUAAACGGUCAAUUUUAAUGAUUGCCACUGUUUGGGUAGAAGGCCCGAGAGGCACAAAAAAGGUUGCAUUACUUUACGAUAGUGGAGCUCAACGCUCAUUCGUGAGUAACAGACUCGCAACUGAAUUAAAUCUGGCAACAAAUGGAGUAGAAACUCAUCAAUUCCAGUCUUUUGGAAACCAAGUGGAACCUACUAAAAGUGUAUAUCGAUUCAAUCUCAAUGUACGGUCAUCACAGCCUGGCGCUGAAGCAAUUCAACUAUCAUUAUUAGGAACAGAUACAAUCUGCAUGACACCACCAUACCACGCAUCCGAAUUCGCCAGAACAAUCAAACAAUCUGGAAAAUGGCUAGCCGAUGAGCGAAUUCUCCCAAAUAGGAAAAUCCCAAAUGAGAUCGACGUGUUAAUCGGAACCGAUUACUAUCGCUCUAUCGUACUAAACGAAGUAAUUACCAGCAACAUAGGACUGACCGCCGUUAACACUGUAUUCGGCUGGGCCUUACAUGGAACCCUUCCUGCAAGUAACCCAACAGAGGUCCUAUCAGUUACAACUCUAUUAGUCAACCAGCACGAUGCCUCCACAGCAUCAGCAGACAUCCAGAAUCCAGCCGUAUCAGAUCAACUUUUCAACAAUGAAAAUCAACCCGACGAAUCCUUCGAUCUCCGAGCAUUCUGGACUCUUGAAGCGUGUGGUAUUCAACCAACCGAUGAAACCAAAAAUCCAUUCGUAGACAAAUACGAAUUAGGCAUCAACAGAGCUAGUGAUGGAAGAUACAUCGCACCUUUACCUUGGAACGAUAAAGUGAAUGAACUCCAAGAUAACAGAUUCAUCGCUCAAAAAAGCCUCGACGGUUUACUAAAACGCUUAAGAACUAAGCCAAACUUACUUAAAGCAUAUGAUAAUCAGAUUAAGGAAUACAUCCAACUAGGAUUUGUUAAAGAAGCUAAUCUAAAUUUCAACGGGAUUUUCACGUACUUGCCACACCAUCCGGUAGUACGCAAUGAUAAAACCACUACUAAGGUUCGACCAGUGUUCAAUGGCGCAUCAAAACCAAAAACCGGAAUCAGCGUGAACGAUUGCCUCGAACCUGGACCAAAUUUGAAUCCCGAAUUAUUAGCCGUUUUACUUCGAUUUCGCACAUUUAAGCACGCCUGGAUAAGCGAUAUCGAAAAGGCAUUCCUUCAAAUUCAACUAACACAAACUGAUUCUGAAGCUUUACGUUUCCUCUGGGUGAAAGAUCCAGAGGACUUAAAUUCAGCAGUAGUCGAGUUAACCUGGGCUCGACUCCCAUUUGGACUAACAUCAAGCCCAUUCGUAUUAAGAAUGGUAAUACUCACCCACAUCAAGAAAUACGAAGAUAUUUAUCCUGAAGCAGUUCAGCUCAUACGAGAUCAACUUUAUGUCGACGAUCAACUAGGCGGAGCAAGUACAAUACCGGCAGCACAAGUCCUCAUUAACCAAACCAUCAAGAUUUUCGCUGACGCCAAACUCGAUAUGAAGAAAUGGAUUGCGACCCAGGAAGAACUCUUACAGCCCAUCCAGUCUAAAGAACAAUCAAACCCUACAGACGGUCUAAUUGGAUCAAUUCUUACCAGUUCCCAAUCAGCAAGAGUACUUGGACUCGGAUGGGACUCAACGAAAGACGAAUUCUAUUAUGAUGCAUCCAAACUUCAAACUCAAAUAAUAGGAUUAACCGGAACUGUCACCAAACGCAAAUUCAUCAGUAUUUCAUCACAACUAUUCGAUCCUAUGGGAGCUCUUGGUCCGUUCAACCUCAUUGCAAAAAUAUUAUACAAACGGAUCUGGGAAGCUAACAUCGAAUGGGAUCAACCAAUUCCAAAUGAAGUAUACUAUCAGUGGAAGAAGGCAUUGGACAGUCUCAGCGAACUUAAGCAUUUUAGGAUCUCAAGAAAAAUCUUAUUCUCAUCACCGGGAGUAAUUAAUAUCCAUGUUUUUUGCGAUGCUUCAGUAGAAGCUUACGGAGCCGUCGUCUACAUUAGAGGAAAAUCAACAACCAACGAAGUAUCAAUAUCACAACUUUGCUGUAAAACUAGAGUAGCACCUAGUGGAAAGGAAAUGAGCCUAGCACGAAAAGAACUUAUGGCCGCUUUACUAGGAGCUCAACUAUCAGACUACAUCAAGAAAACCUUCCACUCUAUCACUACCAUCUUUCAAUUUUGGUCCGAUUCUCGCAUCACAUUAGCAUGGAUAAAGGGCGACCCACAACGCUGGAAGCCAUUUGUCCGAAAUCGAAUCAUAACCAUCAAUCAACUCACCAAGAAUUCAAAUUGGGCACAUUGUCCCGGACAAGAUAACCCUGCAGAUCUAGCAUCCAGAGGAGCAACAAUAGAUGUCCUAAACAAGGAUUUCUGGCUACGUGGACCAUCAUGGUUACAGAAAGAAGAAAAUCAUUGGCCACAUCAUCCAACCACCCAAUUCGAUGUCAGCAUCUUUAAGGAAGAAUUGAGUCUAGAAGGAAAGAAAACCAUCGUUGCAACAAGAAAUUUGGGACAACCAGAACCUUUCCCAUUUUCUCGAUUCAGCUCACUCGCCAAACUCAUAAGAGUCCGAGCCUGGAUGAACCGGUUUGGAAAACUACGAGCCGACAUUCCCAAUUCAUCAAUCACUCCAGUACAAAUUACAAAAAGUAAAACCAUAAUGGUACCAUCCCUAGUAGCAGCCGAAACAGCAUUGAGCCAGCUUCAGAUCAUCCAAUUAAUCCAGAGACUUAAGUUUAAAACAGAAUACGAACUCCUCUCAAAAGGGAAACCACUGCCACGAUCCCACAACUGGACACCACUGCGACCAAUCUGGGAUCAUCAGGAGAAAGUAAUUCGUGUUACAGGAAGAAUUGAACACCACUUUCUUGAUUCCAACGCAAGAGCUCCAAUCAUAUUACCAAAGGAUCAUCAUAUCACAGACCUAAUCAUAAAAGAAGCUCACGUCAAGGUUGGACAUCAGG